GCUUGCAUCUCCACUGGUGGGCUUGGUCGACAGCCUGAUCACUUGUGCCGAGAAUGCGAUGGAGUUCGGUCCUUUCUCAGUCACAAACAAAUCGGAACUACCUCCCGGUGGAGACAGACAGGACUACUACUCACCCGCCCCAUACUUCUGGCCUGACCCAGACCAACCAGACGGGCUGCCGUUCAUGAGAGUUGAUGGCAAG